GCGAUAAGCAGGAAUAAUAUUUAUGGCAAUAACGACCUCGAAACGUCACAUAAUAACACAGUUUUCUCAUAACAAGUUGAAUAACAUAUUAUACCACAUAAUAUAACAAGACGAUAUCAAGAAAUAUGGAUCAUUUGUGUUGGAUAACUGCUUUUAUUUUGAUUUCAGCUUUUAUAUCGGAGGGAGAAGCAGAGCGCCAUCAUUAUCGAUCUAGGGCUCGCCAUAUUUUGAUUCAAAAUCUUGAGAGCAGCGCAACAACAACCACCAGAAGUCCAACAACAAUAGAAACCACACAAGAACCACCAUCGUCAACCACACGUCCUCCGUCUGAUGAAAAUGACCCGUCGAGCAGAAGGCGUGGCUCUCAACCUCCUGACUCAUACACUGAAGGGGAGUGGGAUCUGAUUCAACAAAGAAUAGGGAAUCCUCCACCAGGCGGCAGCUUCGAUACCGAUCCUGAUCAAGACUCCAGGCCGGAUCAUCAACAAAACAGCCAGGAUUCUCAACCAACUCAACGACCAGAAGGUCAAGGUCAAGUAGGAAAUCAAGAUCCAUUCUUAAACAGAAUGUCUGCCAUGGAUUAUUUGACUCGUAGAGCACACGGCGACAUUUUACACAGUCGAAAUAAUCAGCAAAAUCGCGAAUUCAGUCGGGAAAUGGGAGAGCAGAUGUGCGAAGCUUUUGGAAAACAUUACGUCAGCAUUUCAAUUGGCGGGAAAUGUGUUUAAAGGUCACCUCUACCAUAUCACGUGUUUCUGCUUACCAAGGUUGGAUUAUAGCUCAAGUGUGUCCAAAUCAGUGAUAUUUUAUUAAGCCAUCUUCACAUUGUCAAGUUACAACGAACUUCGCUUAUAACUUGAUACUGUAAAGAUGUACUGGAGCACGACAUUAGCACUUGAAAAGUUUUUCUACACGUAGUCCCUACACUGCACAUUGUCCAGCCUCUGGAGAUGAAGGUUCAAAUAGGCGACAGACUCAACGGGGUGAGUAUAAACUUACUAAGGGUGCAAAUGUACCCCCACUGGCGCUGCCAAUGAAACAUUACCCCCUAUUUGAACCACCAGUCUCGGGAGACUGGCACCGUUACUUACUCUGUAAGUGAGGUAUGUAAAAUAAGUAGGCCUAUAGGCUAAUACAAGACUACCUUAUUGCGAUCCUCCAUUCAUAAUCCUUUCUUGUUAAUAGUUUAGAUGAUCUAUUGGACCAUAUGUGCCUUUGACAUUUGAAUACAAACCAUUAAUGUUUGAUGUUUGUAAUAAAUAAUUUAAUUUUGA